CAUGCGCAGUAGUGUCAGGCGGGGUCGCGCACGGGCGGGUGCACCGCAGGCUCGGAGUAUUUCCGGAGAUAGCGGCCGCCAUGGAGACCCCGGGCCGGAGGGACAAAUCCAAAGCCAGGGACGCGCUGUCCCGCCUGGAGAAAGCCAAACAGAAGAGCGCCCAGCAGGAGCUGAAACAGCGGCAGCGAGCGGAGAUUUACGCACUGAACAAGGUGAUGACGGAGCUGGAGCAGCAGCAGUUUGAAGCGUUUUGUUCGCAGAUGCAGACGUCCAGCAAAUAACCCCCCCCCCCCCCUCUGCCAUGUCUCUGCCCGCGGACUCGGCGCUGCCAGUGGCCGCAGUCUGUGUUCUCUUGUAACCACUACUGAUCUCACAUCUGUCUGCAAUUAAAUCACAUUUUGCUCUC